AUCUCGGAAAUAGCCUGAUUACUUUUGCACCAAUUUCUUUGUCACUUGCACAUUUCAGAUGAUCAGUUUUCAGGCAUGAAAUCCACAAAACUUUUCACCUGAGAACAUUUCCGCUUUUCUUUCCGAUGUUUAUUUGACAAUUAAAUUGGUUUUACUUUUCCAAAACCUUAAUCGAGCAGAAACCACUAAGUUGUUGACGAGGAGGAUUAUUGAAAUGUUUUUUUUUUUGUUUGUUUGUUUUAAUCUUUUGCACCAAGGGAAGAAUUUAUGUCAACCCACAGGAAGUAGUUAGAAACAUGUAAUGGAAAUAGACCUGAAGUCGUGUUUUGAAGUGUUACCAGCUUUUCCAACAAGUUCUGAGUGCAGAUUGAAUGUAGUUGCAAAUAAACAGACUUGCCUUUCUGGCAGUUUUAUUUUGUUGAGAAGUUGAUCUCAUUAUUAACGCUGUUGGACUGUAAGUUUUGUGCUGCUCUGUGUGUUCUCACUGCGUUCAAAUUGUGGCUUUGAGUUCCACUUCCGCUCAAAAUCAAGAGCUUGUGGAUAUUAAUGGUCGCGACAGGAAAUGUUCUUGAUGAUGGCAAGUUGUUCUUGUCAGUGAGGAAGAUGGCAUCGGACUCUGUGCUGUGUGUGUUUCUGCUCUGCUGCUCCGCCGUCGCCUCCCAAGGUUGUGACUUGUACGCUGCAACGGGUCGAAGCAUCAAUGUUCGUCUGGGAUACACACUGAAAUCUGACGAUUCUCUGAAGUGGAAGUUUAAAGACCAAACAAUAUUUUUUAAAAAAUCGUCACAUAUAAUUGCCGGUAAACCUUCUGACAUUAAUGUAGAUGGAUCCCUCAAACUGACUAAUCUGAAGAAGGACCAAGAAGGAGUUUACACCCCUGAGGUUUACAAUAACAAUGGAAAAGCACAGAAAACGGUGACAACACACUUAUGUAUACGAGAUCCUGUGAAGAAGCCUAAAGUAAAUGCAACCUGUCAGGAUGGAAACGUGAGGUUUCACUGCUUUCUUGGUCAACAACCUACGGACGCAAAGUAUGAAUGGCUUCUGAAUGGAGCCAAGAUGGAGGAAAGUAAUUUGAGUUUUGAGAUAAAAGCGGCAGAAAAUGAAGCUCACCAGUUUGUUUGUAAAGUCUUCAACGAAGCCAGUUCUGAAACCAGUGAGCCUGUUGCUAAUAAUUGCGCUAAAAUAGAUUGUGACCAGUUUGUUGCAGUGGGUGGAGACUUCAUUGUUCCACUAGGAUACCAACUAAAACCUACCAAUACUCUGAAGUGGAAGUUUAAUGGCAGCAUAAUAUUUUAUAAAAAAACAGAAAGGCUAGUUGUUGGGAAAAAUGCUGAUAUUAAUGAUGAUGGAUCCCUCAAACUGACAAAUCUGAAGAAGGACCAAGCAGGACUUUACACCUGUGAGGUUUUUGAUCAAAAUGGAAGACCUCAGACCACGAGGAACACAAAUUUAUGUGUGCUGGAUCCUGUGAAGAAACCUGAAGUCAAAGCAACAUGUCAGGAUGAAAAUGUGAUCUUUCAUUGUGUUUCCGGGGCGCCUGCUGAUGCCGAGCUCGAGUGGCUUCAGGACGGUGAGGAGGCGAAGGGAAACAGACGGUCGUUUGAAACGAAAGCAAAGGAAACCAAAGGAGCCCAAUUUGUUUGCAAAGUGUCCAACAAAGUCAGUUCUGAAAGCAGUCAGCCUGUCGUUCAUAUCUGUGCAAAGACGGGAUAUCCAGAUGAACUGGUUGGAAUAAAUAUCUGGAUUUUAACUGGUGCCAGAGUGGGUCUCAUUGUUGUGCUGACCGUCCUUGUCUCCGUUUGUUUUGUCCGAGUUGAAAAGAAGAUGACGAUGGGACUGAGGGCUGAUGGGGAGGAGCUUCCUUUGCAGCGGACCGAUACAGAGCAACACAGUCAUGAUCCUCAUUUUUCUCCUCUUCAACCUCAUCACCUCCAGUCAUGAGCCAAUUUUUGUAUUUCUUUUUACAUACAUAAUUUUUCCUGUCUUUGAUUUGACGAAUACAAUUUCUGCAAAACUCAAAACAGA